GGGUAACGGUGUAGAUUUUCAUGUAAACAAUAAAGAAUUUUCGCAAUCUAUUUUGAAGUUAAACACUUUGUGUUAUAAAAUAUCUUUACUUAACAAGCCCUUAAUUUCAGUUUAUAUAAUCUGUCUUCAGAAUGGAUGAGAUAGAAUGCCCUCGGUGUAAAACUACAAAAUACAGAAAUCCGAAUUUGAAGUUGAUGGUUAAUAUUUGCGGCCAUGCCCUGUGUGACAACUGCGUAGAGCUCCUAUUCGUCAAAGGGUCCGCUGCCUGUCCACAAUGUAACGUUGCUCUUCGAAGAAGUAAUUUUCGGGUGCAGAUUUUCGAAGAUUCUUCAGUGGAAAAGGAAUUGGACAUUCGGAGGAGGGUUCUCAAAGACUUUAACAAGAAGGAGGAAGAUUUUAAAUCGCUGUUGGAGUAUAAUGACUAUCUUGAGGAAGUCGAGACUAUAAUCUUCAAUUUAGCCAAUAACAUUGACAUCGAGUCGACAAAACGGAAGAUUGAGCAGUACAAGAAGGAAAACAAGACCCAAAUAAUGAAAAACAAAGGAAAACUAAGCAAAGAGGAAGAAGAGUUGGAGGAGUUAUUAGAAUACGAGAAAAUUGAGCUAGAAGCGAGAAGAAUGCAGUUGAUAGAAGAAGAAUUAGAGUUAGAAAAAGAAAAAAGGAAGAAGAAAGAGAACUUAAUCGAUGACUUGAUGUUUUCUGAUAAAUCAGCUAAGGAUAUAAUAGCAUCGCAUGCGGCAAAGAGUGACGAUGUGAAAGCGAAAGUAAUUCCUAUUCGAAAACGAAACACCUUUUCAACUGGAUUGAAAAGCCAGCAAGUAUUUUUACCAGUGCCUAAAGAAAAUAAUGACAAUAUAUAUGUGUACAAAGAUCUAGUUUUUGAUAUGUGUGGGCCCAAACCAUUUUCUCCCAAUUCUCUUAGAAGUAAAGGUUUCACGCAGCAUGUGCGUAGUGCUUCUGACACAGAAAUGGCUGGCGGAUAUGUAACUGAAAAUGCCUGUGAUCGCGCUUUGCAAGACGCAUUUUCUGGUAUCUAUUUCAUGCUUUGAUUUUGAGUUUCAUGUCAAGUCGAAAAAUUAUAAUUUAUUGAUUUCUUAUGAACAUUAAAUUAUUGUUACUUGUAAAUAAAUUUUUAUUCGCAGCUUUUUUCUUUUUUGGAAAAUUUGUUUUGUACAUGAAUAAUUUCAUCGAUCUGCUAUUUGCGGAAUCAUGAGUUAAACUUAAAAAAGUAACUCAAUGUGUACUACCGUAUUUUCUGAGCUAUUAUCAAUCUUGGUUUGUUGUUGACAUUUUCGGGUUACUCGUAUGACGCAACCGAUGAUCCUAUUGUUUUUUACUAGUGUUCGCCCAGUCGUCGAAAUUCGACCAUAUUCAUAAAUUAAUAUUUGAGAAAACUUGCAUGAAUUUAACUAUUUCCAACAUAUUUCUACUCUUAUUCAUAUUUACUGCAUAUCUGGAAACAUACAAUCUUUACAUGUACACACAGUAACAAACAGUAAUACUUACAACCAAACAUUACAAUACUAGUACUAAUUUUCGAAAUUUUCUUUUAUUAUUUGCUUUGAUCUUCAUUGGUAACUUUUUCCUUACUGGAAUAGACUAAAUGUGUUAUUACAUAGUUAAAAUAUUACCCGAUUAGUGGUGCUAAAAACAGUAAAUAUUUCUCCAUUUCACUUUAUCCUACUAUUUCAUUUUGUCCCGCAUUCCUCUAUUUAUUUACAAAAUACCUGCUAUGUUUUAUAGUUGUGAACAAUAAAUCUGUUCAAGAAAUAUCACUGAAGUCAGAAAAUGCAAUGUAAAUUCAAUAAUGCAGAAUGUAACAAACUUUAAGCUUUGUUUUGUUCUUCAUAGCGCAUUUAGCUUUGUUUUGUUUUGUGAUUUAAACAUAAAUGCAGUGAAACCCCGAUUUUUCGCCCCCCGAAUGUACGUUUUUUUCAUUCGGUCCCAGUUUUUUCGUGUACUAAUAACGUUAAUUCAACUCACAUUGUUAGUUUGUUAUUUAAGGAAUUUCUCGCAUUUUACGUUUACCCAGAACAGUAAAAUAAGAUGUUCUAAUGUGUGCAAUAUUUUUUCAGUUUUGUGUUUGUUUUAAAGAUAAUCCGUGUUGAAAGUUAAUCUUUGAAAACAGAAAUGCACAUUGUUUGAGGACACAUUUUUGGACAUUUUAAAACCGUUUGUUUUGCUCAAAAAUAACAUAAAAACGCAUAAAAGCUUUCCAUCUGCCUAUGAAGAUGAACAAGAUAAAUCCUGGAAGAUGCAGAAAUCACUUUGAACUCAAUGACUAAAAAACAAUAGACCGUUACGAACAUUUUCAACCUGCCCGUAUUCGCAACUAAAAUGCAUUAAAAUGAUUUAGAAAUAGUACGCAUACUAAUAUUUUUCGUAGAAGAUAGAUAUUAUGCUUUUCGAAAGAUUCAUCUAAACUAUACCUUUAGGUUUUUUUGCUUCUUAAUGUUUAUUUUCUACUUAUAUCCCGUAUUUUUCGUUUUCCCGUAUGUUGCGUUUUUAUAACCCAGUCCCUUGAGAAACAUUAAAUCGGGGUUUCAACGUACAUAGUUAUUUCAGUGACUUUAAGGUGAUAUCGUUCACUCAUAUACGCAAUCUUUCUCUUUUCUCUCUCGCACUCACAACCACAUAAAGAAGACCAGAAUGCAGCUCCGGUUAAAAGAGUUUUGAAUAAUGGAGGUUGAAUUGUAUUAGUGCGUAUGGCUGAUUUGUGGUUUAACGAACAAGCAGUUUCAAAUUGUAGUUUUUAAAACGAUUGAUUGAAAAAGUAAACUAUUCCAUUCCAGAUUCUCUGCAAAAACAGCAGAUUUCUGUUAACAUAUCCUUCUAAAUUAUCUGGAUCAACAUCAUCAUACAGCUGACUCAUCAAUGUGAGCUGGUUUUAGUCAUUGAGCUGGUGUCAUUUUCUCACCAGCUUACGUAAGCCGUCCCGGUUUUCAAGCAAAAUCCCAGUGUUACGGCCGGUUUACUUCGCGUCCCGGAAAAGAAUAAAUUUGAUUACAGAUGACCAAAAAAGUAUAAAAAUAAUUAACUGUAAAGGAUUAUUUAGGAUAAUUGCUUUGUCAUUUGAAACAUAAACUUGUAAAAUUAACAUCGGAUCAGCUUGUAAAGAUUUUUACAGUAAGAUUAAAACUAAAAAAGACUUUCUAAAAAAAGUCUUAGCGAAAGAAAGAUACAUGCAAAUAUUGUUCAAGUUAAAAUUUGUCAUUCAUAGUAUUUCUUCUU